AUGUCUGCUUCAAUGCGUGACUGGAUUGGCCCGCUGGUGGAGUCUGAACUGAAUUCUGCUCUGGCCAGCUUCGAAGGCAAAUAUGUCCCGGGCCAAAAAGUUGAAGAUGGCCAUAAAGUUUGUGGCCCGGACACCGUGACUAUGCAUGUCAAGAAAGGACGGGAGGUUCAGAUCAUUGAGUUCAAUGGGCGGGGUGUGCACCCGUUCGAGGCAACUGUCUCGGACGGAACAACACAUAUUCGGGCAACUUUUGACCGUGUUGCUACAGAUGUGUUCAAGGAAAGGAUUGGCCGGGAUUUCUUGGAUAUCAGAGGGGCUGUGAUUGCUCUUAUUGAUUAUAGAAUUGUGUCUGAAUUCAAGCUCAGGGGAAGUGAAGGAUCCAAACCGUUUGGUCGACCUUCGGACGUUUUAAAAAAUGAGAAAAUCCGCUUAGCCCUUAGCAAAUUGGAAGAACUGUUGGAUGGCGACGGACAUGAGAGUGAGAUUCGUUCGCAGCCACCUUCACCAAUUCGGCCGCGAGGGAACGAGGCCUUGGCUCCGGGUAAUCCCUCGUCAAGCGGCUCUGGGUCUCAAGAGGCUUUCGCCACCCAAGUCUCUGUCAGAGUUCAGAGGAACUUAGCAAGCCGAGUCGAUGCCGAAGUGUCCAAACCUGGAAUACAUCAAUGCCUCAUUGGUCUACUUUCGGAAAAGGUUCCACCCGCCGAGCAGAAUGAUAACAGCACGGCGAAAGACACUCUCUCAGAACUAUCAACUACUUCGGCGAAUCCUAUUCAGAGGAGGCCUGUUUUGACGACAGUGUCAUCUGACCGGGUGUUGGAGAUGACCUCCAAGCUCGAAGCAAAGGCCAACGAACAGCGCAGCCAGUCCUCACCAUCUCGGCGUGAACAGCCAAGCGAUCCCAAGAGCCAGUCCAUUUCUGCCAAGGAUUCGAGUUGUGAGGAUAUGGCGGCCCCACUUUCUGAUGACAGCGAAAAGGAGAACAGCCAAGAGAGCUUAAAAGGAAGGAGACCAAGAGCCAAUGCGCCAAAAAGUCAGCCGAUCCCACAACCCAACAUUGAGCAAGAAGCUGUCCAAAUGUCCGUUACCGAUCAAUUUCAGGAUAGCAAUCCAUUCCAUGGCCUCAAACGAGUGCCACGAAGAUUCGUGCGGAUUCAUGAGUCCCAGCAAAGGCUGCUUGAGGACAAAGAAUCUUGGUAUAAACCUCCGGAAGACAGCCGAUCUACUUAUGCGAACCUCCCAGCCAAAGUGCGUGAUGAUUUAAUUGCGUUUUCGGAGGAGAAAGCGCCAUUCGAUAAGUCAAGCCAAGGAGGUCGAGCAAGCGAGGUGGGUAGUGACGAUUCCGACGACGGUGAACAGGCUCAGCACACGUCGAGUGGUUAUGAGAGCGAAGGACUGGAGGAAGAGGGAGAGAGCGUGAAUCUGACGGAAGACGAAGAUAAGCAGACGAAGCAUCCUCGAAAACGGACAGGAAAACAUCUUGAAACACCUUCAGGGACUGCUGGUACUUUACGUGGGGGUAAUAGAGGGCAAAAUCUCGAGACCUCCAGCCAUGGUCGACAGCAUAUCAUACUUUCAAGCAUAUCUGAUGGUCUGAGAGACGAGAUUGAUGAAGCUCGACAAUCUGAAGACGAUGACACACCGGACGAAGAGGUGGUUUCAUGGCCUUCAAGUCCAGAACAACGACCAAACGCGAUGGAACAGAAUAUUGUAAGCUACGAUCAUCCUUUGAGCUCGAGCAACAAGCAAGGUGAAUUUCUUCAUGUUUUUGGAAGGAAUCGACAGCCUUCGCUAGACACGCAUCCAGAUAUGGGAGCCUCGGAGCUAGAGUUAAAUUUCCCCACUCACCAUCAAAGCAACAACCAACGACAAAACCAGCUAUCAACACCUCAUUCAGUGGCACCGGUGAUAAUCCCCUCCAGCAGCCCUGUAGGAGAAGAGGAGCUUGAAUAUGCUACUCCAUAUGCGGUUGGAGACUUAGUGGAGGAGAAUGACUCCGAAGAAGAAUCUUCAGAGACAUUCCAGAGACACCCGUCAACAACCUCACAGGACGCGAGACUAGUGCAGGUGGAACAAACACCUUUCCCACGAACCCGACAUUCUGGCGGCAGGUCGCUCCGGUUAGAACAGGCCGACGAUUCUUUGAAAGAAUUUAAGCGAGUUGAUGAUAUUAUUUCAUCAGAUUCAAGAAUUCCAGCCACUUGUGAGGCUCCCGCUCAGUUACAGACAACGCCAGGAUCGAAUGAAGCAAACGACUUCGAUAACGAAUCCGAGAUGAAGAAGUUGAUAGUAGAGUACCGAAGUGAGUCUCAGCUUGCAGGUCACGUGUACACUGGAAUCAACCUCAAGGAGGAAGACAAGGAAGAUGAUCUGGCCCAGCAACAAUUGUUCAACGAACACGAAAGCUCGCAGCUGGAUCACACUGCACUAUCAGCCAGAAACCAGGCUGCCAUCUCGCUCAAUAUAAUUGAAAAUCCGAAAAGGUCGAGCCCAGAAAGAGAAACUGCUAUGCUGGCGUCACCAAGGAACUCGACGACUGGCGAAUACCGGACUGGGCAGCAGUCGCCGCCUUUAGGCACUCCUGUUUCGACCGAAAAGCAACUUAAUGAAAGUUCUCCUAUCGUGAUAGGCUCAGUGAAGCGAGGUAGUGGUGAGGGAUGCCCUCAAAAUCCUGCCAAACGGCGCCGCCGUGCACCUAUAGCCCGCAUGAUCGAGGAAGAAGAUGAUCCUGCUCAAGAUACUAAGGAAAUGGCCAGAAUAAAUCGACACAGUUUCAGCGAUAAUCUUUUAUCGGCUAGGAUGAACGCCUCCAUCCCGACCGGCUCUCGGUCAGAUUGUGCAAAAGCAAAAGAGGUCAUACCUAGUACCAACCCUGCAGUUGGACAGAUUCCAACCCUUUCGCCAGAAACCGCAAUGCAGUCGUCGGCAAUGGACGGUGUGCAUCAUGUACCAGCUACCUUCGAAGAACCGAAUUCAACUUCACCGCCAAACGCCUUUAAGAACGUCGACACGUCUAUGCAGAGUGCGGAGAUUGAUUACCAUCCUGCUCCAGCAAGCCCAAUUGAAGAAAUGGAUGCCAAUUGUACCUCAGAUGGCGAAGAAGAUGCUGUAUUGAGAGGCACCUUUCUUCCGACGGCCGAACCAGUACCGCAUGCACAAAUCGAUUUCUACGGAGACUUCAUGCAUAUGUAUCCUGAAUACCUGGGCAGCAGGAAUGCUUUCACCAGGGCAUUGGUGUACAUUGAAUGGAUCAGAGAGAAUGAACGAUUCCUGCCCUGGGCUCGAUACGAUGAUUUUAUCCGGGUCCAUGCUUCGGACUGGUUGUAUUACGUGGACAAAAACCGUGAUUUGGGUGAUAAACUCAUGAGUGGCUUGAAGUACUACAUGGAGAACUUCCCCGACCAGCCUUCGUUCAAAUCCAAGUUCAUAACUGGCGAGAAUCUGCAGGGCGCUCUGUCAUCUCUUGACCCAGAGCAAGUCGCUUCGUACCGCGCCAAAUAUCGCGAACCGCUGCAGCCACCAAAGUCAACAUCACCACAGACUGCAGUGGGGGUGGCUACUAUACAACGAUCAGCGAAUGUAGAAGUCUCCGAGCCUGCACUUAUUGGGGAGGGCUAUUUGGCUUUGAACAGUGAGGAACAACUUUUCGUCUCCAACGGCCGGGAGGCAAGUCCUGAGUUGGGAGCAGCGAAAGUCUCGUCUGGCCGAAGUAAUCACAGACCGAGAAGGCCAUUCUUCGAGACUCAUAGUCAACUUCCUGCUGCGAAGCGCCAGGCAGAGAGUCUCGACCAUCGUCGACCGGUUGCCAUGGGUCUCACCUCCGGUGAGUGGAAGACCAAUAGUAACAAGGUUCUCCCAUGGAAUAAGAACGACUCGCCUGGAAGCUCGAGCUUUUCUUCUCCUAGAUCAGAAGCCAAGUUUUCAACUCCAACGGCGUCUAGGCGAAAAAAUCGUGGUCGAUUACCAUCCGCAGACCAGCGGGAUGCGAGCAGCCCAACGGGCCAGCUACGGCGAUCAUUAGUCCCUCCUGUUCCUGUUUCUCGGAGCGAGUCCUCGAGACCCCUGAAACGAGUCAAAACUUCUUCCACGCCGCCAUCUCGCGACCUAGACGUUUUCAAACGACAUUCGUUACCAGCUUCGAGCGUCAUUUCACUUUCCCGGCCAAAUAUGCCGAAGCAAACCAUCACUGAGGGAGUGAGCCCGCGAGGACCAAUGCUGCAAGAGUUUCUCGCCCGGAGAAAUAAGAACGGAUCGACACCCAAGACCACUCCCGGAAAGAGAUUCUGCACUAAGCCGGCAAAAAGUCCGCCUAGACGAAUCGAGCCGGAGACACAGGGAUGGGACUCCUAA